AUGACAUCUCCGCAAAUUUCAAAUCAAAAAAGAAAUAAGUCCUUGUUCUACGUUACAUUUCUUGAUGGUUUUCGUGGUGUGGCAGCUUUAUGUGUCGUUUGGGCUCAUACCCAGACUAUAUUUGGCCAACGUUUGGAUUUUAAUUCAUUCGACUAUGUUGGAUUCUAUGGAGUAAUCAUGUUCUUCGUGCUUUCCGCUUUUUUACUUACUUUUCGAAUGCUAUUGGAUUGGGAACAGUAUCACGAAAAGAAAGAGAAAAAUAAUAACUAUUUAGAAAGUGAUGUGGAAUCCGAAGCAAACUUUUCAAACGUUCCACUUUUAUCAUCGACUAAUGAUCAUUUAGAAAAGAGUGUGGACCUCGACACAAACUUAUCAAAUGUUCCACCCUUAUCAUCGACAAUUAAUGAUAACAUUACAGAAAUACCUUCAUUAGGAGAAAAACCUGUUCAUUUUUUCUACCAUUAUAUCCGUAAAAGAGUAUGGCCAAAAUAUCAAACACCAUAUUAUUUCCGUAUACCAAUAAUUGUCAUUGGAUAUGUGGAGUUUGCCCGUUUUGGUGCUUUCCUUACAAACCAUUACUUUAAAAAACCCGCAAUUGGUGCUUGGAUAUGUCGAAUUCUUGCUAAUGUUAUUAUAGUAAAUGUACGAACAGAAUUAUUAAUAUCAAGUGAUGAAAGAAACUUGGAUUUUGUGAAUACAGAUGGCUCUCGUCAUAUCUUUGUAACUGGGUCAAUAUGUGCAAUUUGGUACAGAGAAAUAAUUCGUCUUGGAUUGUUGCCAUUGAGCUUAGAAGAAGAGAAUAUUCUGGACGAUAAAUCAAACAAUUGUAAUACACCUAUAUUUAUAAGAUCGAGUUUUGUUCAAUUAAUUAUUAGUAAAUUACCAAGUCGACAUCAGUUUGCAAGAUGUUUUUUUGACUUUGGAUGUUAUAUCUUAGUUUUCUUGAAGAUUUGUACAUUGCCUCAUCAUGCUGAAGUAGUUUUUGGCGAACCUCGCGCUUAUGACAUUAUUAUAGAAAGAAAACAACUUGGUGGUUCGCUUGAUGCAAUAAUAAUUCUUUGUGCCCUCCUCUCUCGCAGUGGCUCUUUUGUAAAGGCACUUUCUUGUGAUUUUUUACGUUUUUGUGGAAAAAUUUCAUUUAGCAUGUAUUUAUUACAUCCGAUUGCAAUGACAUGGGUGAACGAUUAUAUGCCUUUUAUUGGAAUUAAAGCGGCAGAAAAAGAAUCAAGUGAAACUGAGAAGGGUAAUUUUAUAUUGGAUGCGGUGAUGAUGUCAUUUGUGGGAACAAUUGCUUUAGCAUGGAUCUAUUUUAAAUGUGUUGAAAGGCCUUCUAUGAAUUUAACUAACUAUAUUGCGAAGAGAUGGUUAAGUGUGAAGCCUGAUAUUAAUAAACAUUAA